GAACGGGUGCCGUAGAGGGGGCGUCCCAGAGGCCGAUCCCAGUGCUGGCUGUGAAUGGAUCUCCGACACCGCUGGAAGUCUCUGCUGGUCCUGUGGUACGUGAGCCGGUGCUGGCUGCCUUGGGCAGCAUCUCCGCUUUCCCAGGCAGGAUGGGGUUACAGUGAACAGCGCUGCCCUCUCUGAUCCACUCUUCUCUGGAAAUGGGAAGGGGAGGCUGGCCUUCUCAGAGCUAGACGAUUCCUCCAGCUGUCAGGCUUCCACUCUGACAGCUGUAGGGGAGAGGGGAAGGCGUCUGCUGCUGCUGCUGCUGCUGCGCUCUGGGACUGGAUCAACCCCCCACGCCCUGCAGAUUGGAGUCCCGGCGGGCGACCAGGCGCAGCAAAGGGAACUGCAUUGCCGAAGCCCCCUCUGCAUGGGGGGAGCUGGAGACCCUGGUGGGGGCAGCAGGGCGACAGUGAGGAAUCUCUGAGCUCUCGGGCGCCAUUUGCUGGCUGCAGCGAUCACUGGGCGUAUUGGACCGGUCCGUACAGCCCAGCCUGGACCCCCCAGUUUUGGAUGUGUGUGUGGGGGCAACCUCUUCAGGGCGUCGUGGGGGCCUGCUGGCUCCCAGCCCUUGGCCUGCUGCCUCUGACUUCAAAGCUGACGCAGCCACAACCUUCUGGUCUGAAUUAAGCCCAGCUGUGCGGAGCUGCAUUCUUUGGGGCUGGCUCCGGCUCCCCCCUCCGCCCCCCGUCAGCAGCGCAUUCCACCGCCCGCUCCGGAAGCCCCUGAGCUGCCCUGUCCUGACAGCUGCGCCGCAUCUGCCUGCUGCGGAGCCCGGUGACCCCGAAGGAAGCGAGAGCGACAAACAGCCCCCCACCGGGUCCUGUCCCCACACGGCCAGCCAGCCAGGUGAGGCCAGGGGCUGUGCCCGCCGGGGCAGGGGGUCUCUAACUCUGCCGUAGCCCCCCCGGGGUGCGCGAGGCUUCCAUGGGGCUUGCCGGAGCCUGUCGCCUGCUGCCGCUCUGCCUGCUCGUGGGGCUGCUGACCCCCAGCCCGGGGCAGCCCCCGCCGGAGCUGACGGACGAUGAGAUCGAGGAGUUCCUGCAGGGCUUCCUGCGGGAGGUCAGCCCCGAGGGCGAGGAGGAAGCCGGGGGGCAGGGGCUGGAGGAGCCCCCCGAGCCGCAAGGGAGGCUGAAGCCAGCAGGGAAGGACAAGGCAGCCAAGGCCCCCACAGAGGUGGAAGAAGGGACAACUGUGAAGGUUAAAGAGAAACCUAAGAAAGGGAAAAAGGAGAGGCCUCCCAAGCCCACCAAGAAGCCCAAGGAGAAGCAGCUAAAGGCCACCAAGAAGCCCAAGGAGAAGCAGCCAAAGGCCACCAAGAAGCCCAAGGAGAAGCAACCAAAGGCCACCAAGAAGCCCAAGGAGAAGCCUCCCAAAGCCACCAAGAAGCCAUCUGGCGGGAAGAGGCCCAAGAUACCACACCCCACCCAGCCCUACGAGGAAGAGGAGAGGUACCGGCAACCCGAGAGACCUCUGAUCCCCCCACCAGCCAAAAAGGAUUACGACCUGCCCGAGACUUCCAGAAUCGCCUCACCCUAUGACGAGGAAGAGGAGAGGUCCCGGACAUAUGGGGAACGCGAUAAAGCUGGAUUUCCCGAGGAGCCGGACGAGCCGCGCUGGGCUGAAGAACAGGAGCCAGGGAGCCGCCGGAAUGAGUUCCAUGAGCCCCCGACGGAGCCGUGGGAGCCCGGCAGGGAGGACCGGAGACCAGCGCCCGACCCCGUGCUGACGGAAGAGCCCGAGCCACCCACGCUGGACUACAAUGAGCAGAUCGAGCGGGAGGACUACGAGGACUUCGAAUAUGUCCGGCAGCAGCAGAAACCCAAGAAACCUCCGAGCAGGAAGAAACCUGAGAGGCCGCCAUUGGAGGUGGAGGAGAAGCCAAAGCCGCCCGUGGAGCCACCCCCUCCGCCCCCCGAGAGGGACUACGAUGAGGAGCUGCCACUGCCACCACUGCCGGACUACGACGACAUGGAAUACGGCCUGCCCCAGCCCAAGAAGUUCCCCAGCAAGAAAGAGGGUGAAGGCGAGAUGGAAACGGAUGAGGAGCGACUCAAGCCACGAAAGCCCAAGAAAGGCAGCAGCAGCAAGGAGGAGGAGGAGGUGGACACGGAUGAUGACAAGUGGGCGGAGGAGAAGACCAAGGAGCGGAAAGGGAAGCCGAAGAAGCCGGGCGGGAAGAAGUGGGAGACAGAUGAGGACGAAUGGACGCCCCCGGAGGAGAAAACGAAGUGCCCCCCCAUCGGGAUGGAGUCCCAUCGCAUUGAGGACGACCAGAUCCUGGCCUCGUCCAUGCUGCGGCACGGCCUGGGAGCUCAGCGCGGUCGGCUCAACAUGCAGGCCGGCUCCAAUGAGGACGAUUUCUUCGACGGCGCCUGGUGUGCGGAGGACGACACCCGGGCUCACUGGAUUGAGGUGGACACCAGGAGAACCACGAAAUUCACAGGGGUCAUCACACAGGGCCGGGACUCCCAAAUCCAGUACGUACGGGCCAGGGGGGUGUCCCAGAUCCAGUACGUAUGGGCCGGGUUUUUUUUUUCCCCAGAUCCAGUACGUACGAGCUGGGUGUGUGUGUGUGUGUCCAUCCCAGAUCCACUCUUCCACGGCAACGUGGACAAGGACACGCCGGUGCUGACCGAGUUCCCGGAGCCCGUGGUCGCACGCUUCAUCCGGAUGUACCCGCAGAUCUGGAACGGGAGCCUGUGCAUGCGGCUGGAGGUGCUGGGCUGCCCCCUCUCCACCGUCAGCAGCUAUUACAGCCAGCAGAACGAGGUGACGUCCACCGACAACCUGGACUUCCGCCACCACAGCUACAAGGACAUGAGGCAGCUCAUGAAGGUGGUGAACGAAGAGUGCCCCAGCAUCACACGCAUCUACAACAUUGGCAAGAGCUCCCGCGGCCUGAAGAUCUAUGCCAUGGAGAUCUCGGACAAGCCGGGGGAGCAUGAGCUGGGGGAGCCUGAGUUCCGCUACACGGCCGGGCUGCACGGGAAUGAAGUGCUAGGCCGUGAGCUGCUGCUGUUGCUGAUGCAGUUCCUGUGCAAAGAGUACCAGGAUGGGAACCCGCGUGUGCGCAGCCUGGUGACCGAGACCCGCAUCCACCUCGUGCCCUCCCUCAACCCCGACGGCUACGAGAUCGCCAGCCAGGCGGGCUCGGAGCUGGGCAACUGGGCACUGGGCCACUGGAACGAGGAAGGCUACGACAUCUUUGAGAACUUCCCGGACCUGGCCAGCGUGCUGUGGGCAGCCGAGGAGCGGAAAUGGGUCCCACACCGGGUCCCCAACCACCACAUCCCCAUCCCCGAGCACUACCUGGCCGAGGACGCCCACGUGGCUGUGGAGGUGCGUGCCAUCCUCGCCUGGAUGGAGAAGACCCCCUUCGUGCUGGGAGCCAACUUCCACGGCGGGGAGAAGCUGGUGUCGUACCCCUACGACAUGGCGCGGCCGCCCCGUGAGGGAGAGGGGGAGGCGGCAGCGGGACGCUCGCUGGACGACUACGAGGACGAGAACCUGGAGGCGCAGGAGACCCCCGACCACGCCAUCUUCCGCUGGCUGGCCAUCUCCUACGCCUCGGCUCACCUCACCAUGACUGAAACCUUCCGCGGGGGCUGCCACACCCAGGACAUGACCAAUGGCAUGGGCAUCGUCAGCGGCGCCAAGUGGCACCCCCGCGUGGGGAGCCUGAACGACUUCAGCUACCUGCACACCAACUGCCUGGAGCUCUCCAUCUACCUGGGCUGUGACAAGUUCCCCCAUGUCAGCGAGCUGCAGCAGGAGUGGGAGAACAACAAGGAGUCGCUGCUCACCUUCAUGGAGCAGGUGCAUCGGGGCAUUAAGGGGGUGGUGACAGACCAGCAGGGGGACCCCAUCGCCAACGCCACCAUCAUCGUGGGAGGAAUCAACCACAACAUGAAAACAGCCAGCAGCGGGGAUUACUGGCGCAUCCUGAACCCGGGCGAGUACCGUGUGGUGGCCAGGGCUGAAGGCUACAACCCCAGCGUCAAAACCUGCACCGUGCUGUAUGACAUCGGCGCCACGCAGUGCAACUUCAUCCUCUCGCGCUCCAACUGGAAACGCAUCCGGGAGAUCAUGGCCAUGAACGGGAACCGGCCCAUCCGGCGCAUCCCGCCUGGGCGGCCCAUGACACCCCAGGAGCGCAUGCGGCUCCGCCAGCGGAUGCGCCAGCGCAUGCGGCUCCGCCAACAGAUGCGCCAGCGCAUGCUGAAUGCCACCACCACCGGCGCCCCCCCCACACUGGCCCCCACCACCUCCCUCCCCUUUGCCUUCAGCAGCACCACCUUUGCCCCCUGGAGCCAGCUGCCGCCCACCGCUGCCACCUGGGAGACCGAGACCUACACCGAGCUGGAGACGGUGACGGAGCUGGUGACGGAGGCUGAGGCUGGGGCCUGGGAGGUGGGCACAGGGACUGCACAGCCCCUGACCACAGCGGAGACCUACACCGUGAACUUUGGCGAUUAGGAGGCGCUCCGGUCGCUGCUGCCUAAGGCCCAACCCAGACGCUAGCGCCUGGUGGCCAGCUCCCUGCCUGCAGCCAGCUGCCCUUUCCUCAGCUGCAGGCACGGUCAUCUGCUUCUAGAGCCCCGCGGCUCCGGGCAGCCUGCUGUCGACCCAGCACUCACUCCCACCGGCCUCCUGCUUCCAUGCCAGGCUCACCACACCGCUUUCUAGGAGUCCAGGGGUACGUAGCUGCCUGCAGGGGGCUGGGCAUGGGGGUGCCUGACCCUCCUGGGCAGGAAACGACGGGAUCCCCAUGAGACCGGGCAGCACCAGCAGCUGGCCAGGCUCAGGGAGCGAGGGAGGGUUGAUGCGGGACUCGGCCCAGCAGGGGGAGCUGGGACCCUCUCCAGGGCAGGGCCCAGGAGGCAGGGGCAGUGCAGCCCAGCGGGCAGCUGGGUUCCUCCACGCGGUUCCUGUUAUACGAAUAAAUCCAGCUACGUCGGUAAA